GCCCGGCGCAGCAGCAGCAGCAGCAGCAGCAGCGGCGCGUCCCGGCCUCCAUCGAGCUCCCAGCUGCUCAGCGCGACCCCGGCGCCGCCACGAUGUCUCUCUCCAACAAGCUCACGCUGGACAAGGUGGACGUGAAGGGCAAGCGCGUGGUGAUGAGGGUUGAUUUCAAUGUACCAAUGAAAAACAACAGUAUAACCAACAACCAAAGAAUCAAGGCAGCUGUCCCAAGCAUAAAGCAUUGCUUGGACCAUGAGGCCAAGUCUGUGGUACUGAUGAGUCACCUUGGCCGACCUGAUGGAGUUCCUAUGCCAGACAAAUACUCUCUGGAACCAGUGGCAGCAGAACUCAAAACACUGCUAGGCAGGGAUGUCUUGUUCCUGAAGGACUGCGUGGGUCCGGAGGUGGAAAAGGCUUGUGCUAGCCCAGCAGCUGGCUCAGUUAUUCUCUUGGAAAAUCUCCGGUUCCAUGUAGAAGAGGAAGGAAAGGGAAAGGAUGCCUCAGGGAACAAGAUCAAGGCAGAUUCUGCAAAGGUGGAUGCUUUCAGAGCAUCACUUUCUAAAUUGGGUGAUGUCUACAUCAAUGAUGCCUUUGGGACGGCACACAGAGCUCACAGCUCCAUGGUAGGUGUUAACCUACCUCAGAAAGCGGCUGGCUUCCUGAUGAAGAAAGAACUGGACUAUUUUGCCAAAGCUUUAGAGAAUCCAGUGCGUCCCUUCUUGGCCAUACUAGGAGGAGCUAAAGUUCAAGAUAAAAUCCAGCUGAUCAACAAUCUGCUGGAUAAAGUCAAUGAGAUGAUCAUCGGUGGCGGGAUGGCGUUCACCUUCCUCAAAGUGCUGAACAACAUGGAGAUUGGCAAUUCUUUGUUUGAUGAAGAAGGAUCGAAAAUAGUCAAGGACCUGAUGGCCAAGGCUGAGAAGAACAAUGUGAAGAUCACUCUGCCUGUUGACUUCGUCACUGCAGAUAAAUUUGAUGAGAAUGCAAACACUGGACAAGCCACGAUUGCCUCGGGCAUCCCUGCUGGAUGGAUGGGUUUGGACUGUGGUCCUGAGAGCGUCAAGAAGUUUGUUGAAGUUGUGGGAAGAGCCAAGCUCAUUGUGUGGAAUGGCCCAGUUGGUGUGUUUGAGUGGGACAAGUUUGCCAAAGGAACCAAAGCCUUGAUGGAUAGCGUAGUGGGAGCGACCGGCAAAGGCACGAUCAGCAUCAUUGGUGGUGGAGACACGGCCACGUGCUGUGCCAAGUGGAACACCGAAGACAAAGUGAGCCACGUCAGCACUGGAGGGGGUGCCAGCUUGGAACUCCUAGAAGGUAAAGUCCUUCCUGGUGUGGCGGCUCUGAGCAACGUGUAAUGGAAUGGCAUGUAGAACGGAUAGGAGCCUCUUCCUUCUGGUGUUCCUGUGCACACACCCUUACAAGCAGGCACAGCAGUGCUUCUAUAUCCGUACAAGCAGCAGGGAGCAGAACGUAAACUGGAACCAAACCAAAAUGGAGAGGUUGUGAGGGCUUUUUGGUGGCAUCUGCAGUUUACAUGCUGCUGAUUUGUUCGCAGUUCCCCCCACUUGAGCAACUGUAGUGUUAAACGGUUAUUGUGAUUUAGAGUGUACAUAUUUAUAUUGCCUUUAAAAAACAACCAAGUUCUCUUAGUAUUUGUCACUUUCUCAAAACUAGUUUCUUCAUUCAGCUUCCAGUGUUUUUAGCUGCUGUUUUCACUUGAUACAGCUUAUAGGCAAGGAGAAAAUACAGAUUUCUGGACCUUGACAGCAAUGUUCGCUUCUAAAUAAAUGUUCAUGAUGUGAACACAA